GGGCUGUGUGUCCUUCCUGUCGAGGGGUGGCCUCGAGCGAGGCAGAGACGAUCCGCUCCCCUGAGGGUAGGCUCCCUACCCUCGAGCGAGGCGGAGUCAGUUCGCUCUCUCGAGGGUAGGCUCACUACCCUCGAGCGGGGCGGAGACGCGGGGCGUUUGUCGAAGGUCUUGGCGGGAGGCCCUCGAGCGAGGCGGAGAUUGCCCCGCGGAUUCGAGGGGGCUCGGUUGGGCCGUACUGUGUAGGUGGGCCGUGAAUUGGACUUCUUUGAAUUCUUUCCUUUUUUUGGAUUGGAAGGGGGCUGUAGGUCUUCGUGGGCCGUGUUUUGCAUUUUAAGGGUGAUUUAGUCCCUUGGUUAGGGUGCCCUUAAUCAUGGUACCCGACAAGAAGGAUAUUAUUGGCCCUGUUUGGAUCUAUAGGUUAUUUUUUAGCCCACCCCCAAAUAGCCCAAGGGGAGCCAAACAGGAGGGCUAUUUCUAGGCAAUUUGCAAAUAGCCCACCCAAAAACUAUCCCCUCAAAGAGGUGCUAUUUGUGGCUAUUUUGUGUGGGGCCCACUGAUUCUCUUAAUCUCUCUCUUGAAAAAGUGGCAGCCCAAUAUUGGAAAAGUGCUUUAGGAGCCAAAUAGCCUUUGGAUCCAAACACCUCAAGGGCUAUUUAAUUGAAGGGCUAUUUUUUUGGGCUAAAUUUUAGCCCCCAAAUAACCCUUGGCUAUUUCUCCAAACAGGCCCAUUGUCUCAUACACUCAAUUUUGUGAAGGUGUCUCAUUUCUUGGUUAGGCACAUGGUUUUCAUGGCGUCGCCUAGGACAAGGCGCUCCCCUUGUUUUGGGCUAAGGUGUCGCCUUAGCCCACUAAGGCGGCUGGGCGGUGGUGACUCGCCACACCUCGCCUUACCGCCAUAAGAACCAUGGUGGGAAGAAUAGUUCCGACCGUUCCUUUAUGGCUGAUCUUGUCUACUGGAUUGCUCAGAACCCUCCACCAGUUCAUUUUUUCCUUAUAUCUGGGGAUAACGAUUUUGCAAACCUCUUGCAUCGAUUGCGAAUGAGCAACUACAAUGUACUGCUUGCUUGUCCUAGUAAUGCUACCAGUGUACUGUGUAGUGCAGCAACAGUUAUGUGGCCGUGGGAUGCUUUAGUUAAAGGGGAGGAUUUCUCACCUAAACGUUUUAACCACCCACCGGAUGGUUUACAUGGAUCUUGGUAUGGUCACUACAAAGGAGCCCUGGACAAUCCCUUCCUGGAGAAGGAAUCAAAGGAACCCAUCAAGGUACCAUCUGAUUCCUGGCAUUGUUCAGUACCAUCUUAUACCAAGCAUGUCUCCAAAUCUUUAAGCAAUGCAAUUCUGGAGGCAUUACGUCCACAUCCUGAUGGGCUGAGCCUCUCACGUGUGCGAGCUGAGGUUAUGAAGAACGAGGUUUGUCGGGACAGUGAUUUCCUUGCCCGCCAGAAAUUCUCUUGCCUUCUCCGAGCAAUGCCAGAUAUUGUUGAAUUUAUAGAUCCUCCAUCUGGUAAAAACGAGCCAUAUGUAACUUUGGUCAACAAAGGCCUGCUGCAGCCUGGUGACGUAAGUUCUAAGGCCGUUAGCUCAGCUCAAGGUAAUGGCAGGGAGAAUAAUAUCAACGGAACAGCACAAAAUGAUAAGAAGCAUCCAUCUUUGAUGUCAACUCCUGAAGUAAAUUUGAAGCCACAAAGUUCUUGUCAAAGUAUUGCAAGGAGCAAAAGCUUCACAGAGACUGUAAUUGGACAUCCACCUACAUUUUCUGUCCCAUCUUCCCCAUUGGUUUUGCUGUCUGAGGACCAAAAGAAGUACCAAACUGCUGAUGUGAGUGCACCGACAGAGUCACCAGCAAAACACACGGAAGUUGACGAAGGGACAACCCCUGGAACUCCCUCUUCCUCAGGGGUGGAAAAUGUUGUUAACAAAGAUGGACUCCUUAAAAGAAUCUGGAUAUUGUGGAAUGGCCCUGAUAAUGCCAAGCCUGAGGUUUCUCAAAAUUGUGAAAGUACUUCUGCUGAAGUGGUUAAUGAUUUGCGAAUACCUCUGCAAGAGCAUAAUGCUGAUUGCCGUAUAAACGUUUUGAGGAGGAUCCAUAAGAUCACUUCAAAAAGUGACAAUCCAGAUGGCACCAAUAGUACUGCAGCAGUAAGUGCUAAUUUGCCAAUUUCAUCUGAUGGUGAGAAUUCUGAAAGAAUAAAGAGAGAUCCAUCAGUUCCUGAAAACCCAGAACCAUGCAGUAGACCUGCAUCUGUUUCCACGGGUAAAGCUGGAGAUAAAGAUUCUUCUGAAAUGAAGAAGGGCUUGUUUAGCUGGGCUUCAAGGUGGUGGGCAUUUGGAAAAUCAUAUGCAGACAAUAGUACAACAAACAGAAAUGUCACUGAUGAACCAAUUGAAGAAAUUGAAUCUUCAAAUGCUUCAGCUUGUGGAAGAGGGCAACAGGUGGUUAAUGAAAUAUUUGCAAAGGAUCACGUGUGGGAUCUUUUGGAGCAACAGUUGUCAAAAUGUCUUGGGGCUGAUCUUAUUUUGAAAGCAAAGACAAGGGGUGAAUUGGCACAUGGAUUGCAGAAGCUGGGUUGUUGGCCUUUGCAAGGCCUCUUAGAGAAAGAUCUGCAUCAUCUGGUACAUUUGUUAAUUUCGGAAAAGAAAUGGAUUGAAGAAAUUUCUUCCAGACCUUUCCCUUUCCGUCUUACCCUCCCUCACAAGAGAACAUGUGUUCCAUCGAAUUCCAGCAAGUCCACUGCUCUUAGUUCCAUUUUUGUCAAUGGGAAGCCACAUAAGGGCAAAUUUGUAGAUGAUAAGAGUAAGAAAAGCAAGCCUCUUACUAGGGAGGAGAUACUGUCAGACUGUCACAAGCUGUUGAAUGAGCUUCUAUCGCAGCAUAAAUAUGGAUUCAACAUCAGCAUUUUCAAGCAUCGUUUUACUCAGAAACAUGGAUAUGAGCUUGAUCAUCAGAAGCUUGGGUAUCCAGACCUUGCAUCACUGUUGCAGAUUAUGCCUGGUGCCAGGAUAAAAUUCCCAAGGGUUCUACCUGCAGAAAAUGAGAAUGGGCAAGCUGGCAGCAAGGGAAGUGGAAACCAUAACAAUGGCGACGACUUGAUUUGGGAGGAGCUUGGUCCUGUAUCUUCCACUAGCGAAACUACUGCUGCAGAGGUCGAUAAGGAAAUGUGCUACCGUCCUCCUACUCCUUCAGAUGAUGAAUUCUCAGAUAAUGACAGUCAAGCAGACCAACAGACUAGGAGAAAUGCUGAGCAUAGCUCACUGCUUCAGAUCAUUGAUUCCUGGAACAGUAGCAAGGAUGAUGGCUCUAACAAGAAAUCUGAAGACAUCGACGGGCUUGUGGACUGUUCGACGAGAAACCCAGGUUAUCUUGACAAUCAUGCUGCAGGGAACGUGCAGAGAUCUACAAGGCUAUCACAGAAGCAGUACUCUUUUGUGUCGGACUCUGAAGAAGAUAAAGAGAAGGAUAAGCUGGUUGAGAGUGUCUUGGGCAGUCUGCAAAAGGCGCGGAGCUCAAAGUUGCCUAAUUAAAGUUUUGUUAUAUGCAAAAAUGCUGAUUUGCUUCUGUUGGCGCCCAAUUGCAGCUGUUGGCCUGACAUCAUUCUGAGUCCCGUCAUGGUCGUUACUUUUGUUUGUCUUCCUAAAGCAAAGAUCGGACUUUUGUGGUCGUACUUUCAUCAAGGUGCAGCUUAUGUUCAGAAGCUAUGGAUUGAUGGGAGUUAUCUAACAUUCUUUUCCCAAAUCAAGAGAGUAUGUUGAUGACGGCUCUGAGGUUCAGUUAGCGAGACUGUUUGACCAAGCUGGUCGUUUCCGUCUAUAUCUUAGUAGUACUGUGAAAUAAACAGGAGCAUCACAAUUCUUCUAUGAAUUUCUUCAAAAAAAAACAUUUCUUCUAUGAAGUUUCCUUGAAUGGUAGGUACUAUAUAGCAUAACUAAUUUUACACUUGACUGUAAAACUGGCGAACCCAGUUAAUUUUUUUUCUGCUUUCUAUAAAAAGCUGUGCGAAGUUGGUCUUUGCCCUAAAAAACUA